CAUAGAGUCAAAAACCAACACAAAACCAGCAUGAAGAACAAAUAUGAGAAAUUGUUUGAGGGAACCAAACUGCAAGAGAAUGAAACCCUCCUGAACAGGAUCUACACACAGGUCUACAUCAUAGAGGGAGAGAGAGAAGGAGUGAAUGAAGAACAUGAGGUUUUACAGAUGGAGAAAUCAGCCAGAAGGCAACACUCACAAGACACUCCAAUCUACUGCAAUGACAUCUUUAAAGCCUCCGCUGAAGCAGGAUGUGAGGAGAAAGAGCAGAUCAAGACUGUUCUUACUAAAGGCAUCGCUGGAAUCGGAAAAACCGUCUCUGUGCAGAAGUUCAUUCUGGACUGGGCCGAGGGAAAAGCCAAUCAGGAUGUAGAUUUCAUGUUUGUGCUUCCUUUUCGAGAGCUGAACUUGAUCAGAGAUCCUCAGUACAGUCUUCACAGACUUCUGCUGGACUUUCAUCCUGAACUUCAAGAUCUGGACUCACAGAUUUAUGAGGAGUGUAAAGUUGUGUUCAUCUUUGAUGGUCUGGAUGAAAGCAGAAUCACACUGAUGUUUUCAGACGCUCAGAGAGUUUGUGAUGUGACUGAGACUUCAUCAGUGGCUGUGUUGAUGUCAAACCUCAUCAGAGGAGAGCUGCUUCCCUCUGCUCUCAUCUGGAUCACCUCAAGACCAGCAGCAGCCAAUCAGAUCCCCUCCGAAUACAUUCACCGUCUGACAGAGAUUCAGGGAUUCACUGAGCCUCAGAAGGAGGAAUAUUUCAGGAAGAGAAUCAGUGAUGAGCAUCAAGCCAGCAGAAUCAUCUCACACAUCAGAAGAACAAGAAGCCUCCACAUCAUGUGCCACAUCCCCAUCUUCUGUUGGAUCUCAUCCACUGUGCUUCAGAAGCUCCUGGAAGAAGAUCUGAGAGCAGAAAUCCCUCAAACUCUGACUGAAAUGUACAUCCACUUCCUGCUGAUUCAGAUCAACAUGAGGAAGCAGAAGUAUGAAGAGAGAGAUCCAGAGAAACUCCUGCCGUCCAACAGAGAAGUGAUUGUGAAACUUGCUGAAGUGGCUUUCAAACAGCUGAUGAAGGGCAAUGUGAUGUUCUAUGAGGAGGACCUGACUGAGAGCGGCAUAGACAUCACUGACGCCUCAGUGUAUUCUGGGAUUUGCACUGAGAUCUUUAAGGAGGAAUCUGUGAUUCAUCAGAGGAAAGUCUACAGCUUCAUUCAUCUGAGUGUUCAGGAGUUUCUUGCUGCUUUCCAUGUAUUUUACUGCUAUUUUAACAGCAUAAUGGAGACCCUUAAGGUAUUUUUUUCAGUGCACAAUUUACAUAAAGGAGCAGUAGAUCAAGCCCUUGAGAGCAAGAAUGGACGUCUGGAUCUGUUCCUGCGGUUCCUGCUGGGCGUCUCACUGGAGUCGAAUCAGAGACUCUUACAGGAUCUACUGACACACACAGAGAACAGCUCAGAGACCAUCAGAGAAACCACACGGUACAUUAAAGAGAAGAUCAAAGAUCCAAAUGAUAUUUAUCAUCUCUCAGCUGGUCAAUCUAUCAAUCUGUUCCUCUGUCUGCUGGAAGUGAAAGAUCAGAGUCUGUCCAGAGAGAUUCAGGAGUUUGUAAAAUCAGACAAACACUCAGAGAAGAAACUCUCUCCUGCUCACUGCUCAACAAUUUCCUACAUGCUUCAGAUGUCAGAGGAGCCGCUGGAUGAGCUGAACCCCAUGAAAUACAAUGCAUCAUAUGAGGGGCGAAGAAGACUGAUACCAGCUGUGAUCAACUGCAGAAAAGCUCUACUUUCAGGCUGUAAUCUCACUGAUAAGAGCUGUAAAACUGUGUCAUCAGCCCUACAAACCUCAAACUGUGUCCUAACAGAGCUUGACCUGAGUAACAAUGACCUGCAGGAUUCUGGAGUGAAGCUUCUUUCUGAUGGACUGAAGAGUCCAACCUGUCAGCUGCAGAUACUGAGGUUGUCAGGCUGUAUGGUGACAGAGGAAGGCUGUGGUUAUUUGUCUUCAGCUCUGAGUUCAAACCCCUCACACCUGAGAGAGCUGGAUCUGAGUUACAAUCACCCAGGACCAGCAGGAGUCCAGCUGCUCAACCACAAACUGGAGGAUCCAAACUAUAUACUGAAGAUACUCAAGUUGGAACAUGGAGGCAGUUUUAGAAUUACACCAGGACUGAGGAAAUAUUCCCAUCAGCUCACUCUGGAUCUGAACACAGUGAAUGAACGCAUCUGUCUGUCUGAGAGCAACAGAGUGAUUACAUUCACUGGCAAAGUCCAGCCGUAUCCUGAUCAUCCAGACAGAUUUGAUGGAUAUAAUUCUCAGGUGUUGUGCAGAGAGAGUGUGUGUGGACGCUGUUACUGGGAAAUUCAGUGGAGUGAAUAUGUGUAUAUAGCAGUGUCAUAUAAGAGCAUCAGCAGGAAGGGACGGGGUGUUGAGUGUUUGUUUGGAUCUAAUGAUCAGUCCUGGAGUUUAAUCUGCUCUCCCUCCAGAUACUCAUUCAGACACAAUAACAUAGUGACUGAUCUCCCUGCGAAGUCCAUCAGCAGUAGAAUAGGAGUGUAUGUAGAUCACAGUGCAGGAACUCUGUCCUUCUACAACAUCUCUGACACAAUGAGCCUCAUCCACACAGUCCAGACCACAUUCACUCAGACGGUCUAUCCUGGGUUUACUGUUUGUUAUGGAUCAUCAUUGAAACUGUGUUGA